UCCAACCACAGACUGAUUCAGUGUCGACUCUCACAGACUCACUGUGAAGUUGUGGCCUCAGCUCUGAAGUCCAAUCCCUCCCAUCUGACAGAACUGGACAUCAGUGGAAACGAGCUGCAGGAUUCAGCGGUGAAGCUGCUGUGUGCUGGACUGGAGAGUCCAAACUGUCGACUGGAGAAUCUGAGACUUAGUGGCUGUUUCAUAUCAGAGAGAACUUGUAAAGCCCUGUCCUUAGCUCUCAGCUCACAGUCUUCUAGUUUGAGAGAGCUAGACCUGAGUAACAACAACCUACAAGAUUCAGGAGUGAAGCUUUUGUCUGCUGCACUGGAGAGUCCGAGUUGUACAUUGGAAACACUAGGACUUAGUAGCUGUUAUCUCUCAGUGAUAAGUUGUGAAGCUCUGUCCCCAGUUCUCAGUUCGCAGAUCUCAAGUCUGAAAGAGCUGGACCUGAGUAACAACAACCUACAAGAUUCAGGAGUGAAGCUUCUGUCUAGUGCACUGCAGAGUCCACAUUGUACACUGAAAACUUUAAGACUUAGUGUCUGUAAUCUCUCAGAGAGAAGCUGUGAAAUGCUGUACUCAGCUCUCAGUUCCCAAUCCUCUAGUCUGAGACAGCUGGACUUGAGUAACAAUGAACUGCAUAAUUCAGGGGUGACACUUCUAUCUGCUGGAAUGGAGAGCCCACAUUGUACACUGGAAUCUUUGAGUGUGUCAGGCUGUCUGAUCACCGAGGAAGGCUGUACUUCUCUGGCCUCAGUGCUGAGCUCCAACUCUUCACAUCUCAGAGAGCUGGACCUGAGCUACAAUCAUCCAGGCGACUCAGGAAUGAAACUGCUGAUGGCUGGACUGAAGGAUCCAAGCUGGAGACUGGACACUCUCAGGGUGGAGCCUGCAGGAGUCCGAUGGUUGAGACCAGGUCUGAUCAAACAUGUGGAGGAUGUUCAGUCAUAUCCUGAUCAUCCAGACAGAUUUGAUUUUUUUUAUCAGCUGCUGUGUAGAAAUGGUCUGACUGGUCGCUGUUACUGGGAGGUCGAGUGGAGAGGAAACAUUCAUGUAUCAGUGAGUUCCAGAGGAAUCGGAAGGAAAGGAGACAGUGAUGACUGUGUGUUUGGACGGAAUGAUCAGUCCUGGUGUCUGUACUGCACUAAUAAUGGUCCUCGUUCUGUCAGGCACAAUAAAAGAUACACAUCCAUCCCCUCCUCCUCCUCCUCCUCCUCUGUCUCUAACAGAGUAGCAGUGUAUGUGGACUGUCCUGCUGGCACUCUGUCCUUCUACAGAGUCUCCUCUGACACUCUGAUCCACCUCCACACCUUCAACACAACAUUCACUGAAACUCUUUAUCCUGGAUUUAGAAUCAGUUCUGCUUCCUCAGUGUCCCUGUGCUGA